AUGGCGGGAGGCUGGACCUCUGGACACAUCCUCCAGUUGAAGCUCCCCCACCGUCCGCUGCCAUCCUCUGAAGCCAUGCCAGAAUCGCUGCAGGGGCUCUGCAACUUUGGAACGUGGACUUCGGUGGGGCAGCUCACUGCAGGGGUCGAGCUCGGGCAGGCACAUAUAUGGGCCUCAAUAUCACGCUGCACAGCCUGUGACGAGCAGGAAAAAUGGAGAGGUCAAGGAGUCCGCCCUCAGAAAACUCUCUUAGAGGUGAUACUGGCAGGCAGAGACUGCUUGAUGGCUGGAGACUCGUGCUCGAGUGAUGAGACUUGCAGUCCACGCUUGAGGACUUUGCGUCAGUGUGUGGCGGGCAAUGGCAGCGUGAAGCUGGGCCCCGGUGCCAGGAGCCAGUGUGCCAACGCAGUGUCCGCCCUGCUGUCCAGCCCCUUACAUGGUUGCCAAUGUAAACGGGGCAUGAAGAAGGAAAAGAACUGCCUAAGCAUCUACUGGAGCCUCCAUCAGUCCAUCAUACACGGACUCAACCUGGUGGAGAGUUACCCCUACGAGACGGUGCAGAGAGAUUACGACUACGUCCGCUUGGCCUCUAUUACAGCUGACUCUGAUGUUGGCAUGACAACUGUGAAUCGCUGCCUGGAUGCGGCCAAGGCUUGCAACGUGGACGACUUGUGCCAGAAGCUCCGCACGGAAUAUGUCUCAGCUUGCAUCAAACCCACUGCCAAGUCGGGUCUCUGCAACAGGCCUAAAUGCAAUAAAGCUCUGCGCAGGUUCUUUGACCGCGUCCCCGCCGACUACACACACGAACUGCUCUUCUGCCCCUGUACGGACACGGCGUGUGCAGAGCGCCGACGGCAGACCAUCGUGCCCAGCUGCUCUUAUGAAAGCAUGGAAAAACCAAACUGCAUUACACAGAUGAGGAUCUGCAAUGCCGACUAUGUGUGCAGGUCUCGCCUGGCUCAGUUCCAGUACGACUGCGAACCCUCCGAAACAGCUGCCAACGGCUGCAAGCAAGGGAACUAUGGAGCCUGUCUGCUCGCCUACACAGGGCUCAUAGGAAGCACAAUAACUCCCAACUAUGUUGACAACUCCACGUCCAGUGUGGCUCCGUGGUGCUCCUGCUCGGCCAGUGGGAGCCGAAGAGAAGACUGUGACCAUUUCCUGGGAUACUUCACCGACAACAUCUGUCUCCGAAAUGCACUCAUGACGUUUGGAAGUGAAUCCGACCAGCAGCCAACUGCCAGCCAGUCCAGUACACCCAGUCCCAGCCACAGCAGCAGAGACAACAGGAGCACCACUUCUCAACCAGAAACCAUUGAAACUAUGAGGAACAUUUUGGAUACAAUAAUACCAACACAGGCUCUGGGAAAUGAACUACUGGUGGGCCAGUCCACGCUGCCGUCCAACAGCCUCCCAAACUCCGCUUCACCUCCCAGCUUAAUGCUUCAAGCUGCCUUCAGCCUUCUGUUGUUGCUCCUUCAUCUGCUCAACAAUGGACACUAAAGACUGCAGGGGAGCAAGCCGAGGACCCUCCCAGUACCAACCAGAUGGGAGGACCAGCGCAGUUCAGAGGAAAAUGGACCGUGUGGCGUUACUCCUCCCUCUAAAUAUGUACAGCAAUUCUGUUUUUCUAUUUUUGUGUCUAAGUGGUCCAGUUCCACCUGCCGGCGUUCUCAAUCAGACUGUGGGAGACCUCUGCAGACCGAAGCCAGUCUGUACAUUUGUACAUUGUUGUUGCGAUCAAAUCAAGCCGAAAUGAAGUCACAGUACCGCUUUUGUGGACCAA